GAAAUGAGACUUGUGACGUCGGGAUUAGCUGGGAGACAGGAGACUAGAGACAAGGAGCUGGACGAUAUUGGAGUUGCGGGACGUUUAAGCAGCGAUUCGGGACUGCGGCUAGUGUUAAGAAAAUCUGGACCGUCCCGUCAAAAAUCAGACUCUUGGGCGACGCUGCCUUUGAAGAGGCAUUCCCCUUGAACAAUGUCUCAUUUUUCUUCUGAGGAUGAAUCUUCUCUGCAGUCCAUGGUUAGACAGUUGCUGCAGAGUAUAAAAGAGAGAUUAGCCAGUGCUCCCUCUGUUGAAUGUGCUGAAGAGAUACUACUGCACUUGGAGGAGACAGAUGAGCAUUUCCACAACUAUGAACUAGUCAAGUACCUUCAACACUACAUCAAAAGCACCCUUGGGUCUGUAAUAGAAGAGGAGACAGAAAAAUGCACCAUUGCUCAAAGUCAGGGGGAAGGGCCUGGAUAUGACACGCUUGUACAUCAUGUCACCAGAAGAACUCGUGAAUCCAAAGAGUAUGCAGAAAUGAUGCAUUCACUAAAGAAUGUUAUGAUGGCUGUUGUGGAAUCGCUUCUCAAUAAAUUUGAAGAAGAUCAGGCCAAAAAUAGAGAACUACACAAAAAAAGCACUUUUGAACAACAUACUGGACGCUACAGUGAUAACUGUUCAGACAGUGACUCUUCCUUUAAUCAAAGUUACACCUUCAUGAACACAGAGCAAUUGCAACUUAUCGCAGAGCAGCUGGAUCUUAGCCAACCUGUAGAGGUAAGAAGGGAGGCAAUGCAAACACUCUGCUCUGCACCUCCAUCUGAUGUUCUCAAAUGUGAAAGCUGGAAUAUUCUUCAAAAAAACCUCAUGCUCUCCCUUGCAGAUCCAGACUCCACGUUUACAGAGCGGAUUUUGCGGUUUUAUGCAAAGACAUUUUCUUCUUCUCCACUCAGCAUGGCAAGAGAAGUUUUUACUAGUUUAGCCAAACAUCUAGAAUUGUCAUUUAUUUCAAGAGAAUAUUCCAAAUUUUUAUUAUCAAAUGGUAUAGAAAUCACCAACCCAGAAAUUGUUCGCUUGUUGAAAAAGAUUCGGCUUUUGAAUGACUAUCAGAAGGAAGCCCCAUCGUUCUGGAUAAGACAUCCAGAAAAGUAUAUGGAAGAAAUUGUGGAAAGCACACUGUCUCUUUUAUCAGUUGUUCAAGACUCAAGCUCACCUUCACAAAUCUUUCUGGAUCCAGCCUUCUUCAUGGCCUUGAUUGAUCCCAAAGCAUUAUGGUUUAAAAAAUGGAUGCAUGCCUACUAUAGCAGAACUGUGGUGCUACGGCUGCUGGAAAAAAAAUAUAAAACUAUGAUUGUUGCAGCUAUUGAACAGUGCUUUUAUUACUUUGAAUCUUCAAAAGAAGGAUUUCAGGAAAACUCCAAAACCACAGUGGUCCCACAACAUAUUUAUACUAAACAGAAGACAUUUUACACCAGAAGAGAAUUACAUUAUUUAUACUUUGUCCAUUCCCUCAGUCUUCUAGGAAAAUUGUUGAUAUAUAAACAUGGCAGAAGAUUAUUCCCUCUUAAGGUGAAAAACAGAAAAGAGGUAAUUUCUUUGUCUGACAUGGUGGUGCUAUUUGUCAAUAUCAUGGUGUAUUGUCCAAACGGUCCAAAGAGGGCACUUGGAACCUAUACAGGGUAUUAUGCACCCUCAACUUUGGCAAUGGAGGCUCUUAUGAUGCUCUGUGAUUGCAAGGAAUGUGCUGGGGAAUGCUUGUAUACUGGUGUAGUUGUAGAUACUCUCCUGGGCCCAAUACAAAAGCUUCUGAAAGGAAAAAAGGUUCAUGUGAAUUGUGAUGAAAACACCUUGACUUAUAUUGCUGAUAUUUUAGCAAGGAUUGCAUCUACUGAAGGAGGACGUUCUCUUCUUCUCUAUGGGGAAAAAGUGGACUGUGCAAAAGACAGCAUUGUAGGUGCUCAUACCAUAGCCCAUUUCACUAAGAAGCUUCUGGAUGAAGACAUUCCUGCAUUAGCUCAGUCAGAGGUGCUGGCUCUUCUGAAAAGUACUUUUAUAUUUGUAUGCCGCCAAAUGUAUCACACAUGUGAAGGACUCCAUGUGUUUAUUCCUUAUCGACUGCAUGAAUGCAUUGCGGAAGCAUGGAGAAAGACUGCUUUUCUGUCAGAAAGGACUCCAACACCUGUUGCUGGAGCUGCUUCCCUUUCAUCUGAAAGCCAGGAAUCACUUGGGACGGAGCUAUGGGAGGAAUCGCUGCUGGACAACUUAUUAAAUUUUACUGCUACGCCAAGAGGACUUUUACUUCUUCAACAAACUGGCACCAUAAAUGAAUGUGUGAAUUACAUGUUCAGCAGAUUUGCUAAAAAGCUUCAGGUAAACAGAUGUGAGAAAUUUGGUUACGGUGUGAUGGUUACACAGGUAGCAGCCACAGCUUCAGGAGCCUUAGCCCUUCAAAGAUCAGGUUAUGUUCAGGCCCUUGUUACUGAUUUAUGGUCUGCUUUGGAAUGUGGAAGAGAUGAUGUCAGACAUAUACAUCCCAAACCUACUCCAAUGGAUCCCAUUGACAGAAGCUGCCAAAAGUCUUUUAUAGCAAUUGUGAACUUGCUUUCAUCCUAUCCACCUGUGUAUGAGCUGCUAGGAAAGCAAGAUUUAUCUUCAAAAGAAGAAUACUCCCUCCGUGAAAUGCCUACCUCUUUUGCUGAUGUUUUUGACCGCAUUGUUGUUAUAAAUUCUGAUGCUAAAAGGAGCUCAUUGUUCAAUUACGAACAGUCACAUAUGUUUGGAUUGCGGUUACUGAAUGUUUUGUGCUGUAAUCUUGACACAUUGCUGCUUUUAGAAUCUCAAUAUAAAGUAUCUGAUAUACUUUUAAAUGCUCAGAGAGAAAAUGUUAUUGAGAGCUCUACAGGUCUGGGUAACAUUAUCAUUGAUGCCUUGUCCGUGGAAAGAAACCACAUACUGAUUCGUGUGAAUGUCAUUGGUGGACCAAAUGAGCGUGUUUUACCCCCCAGAUCCUUGAUUGAGAAUAAUGAUCCAUAUCCUUGGCCUAUGUUUUCAUCUCAUCCAUUGCCAAAGUGUUAUAUGUCAGAAAUGUGUCUGAAGAAUGACCUCAAACAAGAUAGUGAAAUCUACAAGAACCUGUUUUGUAAAAAUGUUGAUACAAAACCGAACUGGUUGGAGAAUUGCAGAAAACUGUUUUGCAAAACUAUCAAAACAAAACCUGAUGAGUUAAGUGGAAAGUUUUGUGGAGAAUUGCUAGAAAAAUAUGUACUAUACCUUGGUCAGAGUCCUUCCAACUGUUGUUUUGGUCAUUUGGAAUACACGGAUGUGGAUACUCAAUAUCAGACUCUCACUGCGGUCCAACAACUUGGUGUUAAAAUUGUUAUAAGGUAUGGCAGGCAUCUCGGCAUUCUGGCAGACGCAAGCACCAGCGAACAAGGAUUUAUUCAAGUGCUAAAACAGUGUGAGAGCUAUCUCAAUCUGCAACAGAGUGGCCCAAACUCUCCAUUACGUUAUUUGCAGGGAAGUUAUCCAGGUCACGACUGGUUUGCAUCUUCUGUUUUUAUGAUAAUGUUGGGAGAUGGGAAGAAAACUUCAGAAUUUCUUAGGAUUUUCUCUAGACUUCUUGCCUCUGCGUAUCUCUGGCUGCCACGGCUUCACAUGUCUAAGCACUUGCCUGAUAAUAUUGCACAGUCUGGAAUUCAUCCCAUAUAUUACUGUACAGCACACUACAUUGAAAUGCUGUUGAAAUCAGAGGUGCCACUCGUCUUUUCAGCCUUCCGUAUGUCUGGUUUUACUCCUUCCCAGAUUUGCCAGCACUGGUUAAGUCAGUGUUUCUGGAAUUACCUAGACUGGAUUCAGAUCUGUCAUUACAUUGCUGUAUGCAUCAUCCUCGGACCAGAUUACCAAGUGUACAUGUGUAUUGCUAUAUUUAAGCACCUACAGCAAGAAAUCUUGCAACACACACAAACCCAAGACCUGCAGGUUUUUCUGAAGGAGGAAGCCAUCAAUGGAUUUCAAGUUGGCAGUUACCUGGAGUACAUGGAAAGCUUAGAACAAAUUUACAGACCAAUGGUGUUAAAAGAAAUGAGAAACUCUGUAAUACAAUGAAGGCCAAACAUUCAUGAUAACUGCUUCAACAUUCAGCAUCUUAAUUCAGUCAUCAUCUUAAUAUUAAUGAAUGUAAAGUCUGGAUCGUAAGUGAGAAUUAUUCAGUGAGCAGUUCAGCUCGUUACUUGUUUGAUUUGUUUUUGCUACGUAUCACUGAAAACUUUAUCAUUCCAGUCUGGAUAAUAAUGGCAAGUUGUUUUUAAUACUUACUUGCCAGUGUUACAUUAAUUUAUAUACUGUAUACUAUACAAUGUAUAUACUAUAGAUCAAGCAGCUACUUUCAAAAGUAACAUGUUUAAUAGUUUGCUGUUUUUCAUAAGAAAUAAAUAUAUUUACAUUA